ACAUCAAUCCAUAUAUUUUCUUGCUAAUAAAAUCAUGGAAAUCUUUCCAUCUUCACAAAGUCUUCUCCUCUCGUUUUCAAUAAUCAUUUCAGUGAUUUUUAUUUAUGUCAAAUGGAUUCCAUUAGGAUCCAAGAAUAGGAAAAACAUACCACCAUCUCCAAGAAAACUUCCGAUUAUUGGUAACUUCCACCAACUAGGCUCAAUCCCUAGUCGCAACCUCCAAAUAUUGUCCCAAAAAUAUGGUCCCAUAAUGCUCCUUCAUUUUGGAAGUAUCCCCACAGUUAUAGCAUCCUCUGCUGAAGCAGCCGAAGAGAUCAUGAAAAUCCAUGAUCUCUCGCUUUGUAGUCGACCUACCUUAACUAUGCCCAACAUAUUAUUCUAUGGCUCUAAGAGCAUCUCAUUUUCUCCUUAUGGGGAAUACUGGAGGCGCAUGAAGAGCAUUAUUGUACUCAAGCUUCUUAGCAAUACACGAGUCAAGUCAUACAAAAAAGUGAGAGAGGACGAGAUAGUUCAUAUGAUUCGUGUUCUUGGAGAAAGUUGCGGGACUACGGUUGAUAUGGGGUCGAUGUUUGUUUCACUAACAAAUGACAUAAUAUGUAGGGUUGCCCUCGGAAGGAAAUUUGAUGGAUUAAAGUACACAGAUUUAUUGAAAAGGUUCAUGGAUAUGUUUACAGUGUUUAGUAUUGGUGCUUAUAUUCCAUGGUUAUCAUGGGUAGAUCGUAUUAAUGGUUCUAUAGGCAGAGCCGAAAAAAUAGCUAAAGAAUUUGAUGAGUUUCUUGAAGGAAUUAUUGAAGAACAUUUAAGCAAGAAAAAUAAGGAGGGUGCUAAGAGUAAUGAAGGGGAAGACUUCGUUGACAUUUUACUAGAAAUCCAAAAAGAUAAAACAAGUAACGGAUUCACACUACACAGAGAUUCCCUUAAAGUUGUCCUCUUGGAAGCCUUUCUUGGUGGAACUGAAACAACAUAUGCAAGUCUAGAGUGGGCACUCAGUGAGCUAAUAAGAAACCCAAGAGUAAUGAAAAAGCUACAACAAGAAGUCACAGAAAUAGCACAAGGAAGAUCCAUGAUUUACGAUGAGGAUUUAGAGAAAAUGCCUUAUCUUAAGGCGGUCCUAAAAGAGUCCCUUCGAUUGCAUACUCCAGCCCCUCUUCUUGUUCCUAGAAAAUCAAUGCAAGAUAUAAAACUAAUGGGGUAUGAUAUUGCAGAAGGCACGCAAGUGAUAAUCAAUGCUUGGGCAAUUGGAAGAGAUCCUGCCUUGUGGGAAGAACCAUAUGAGUUUAAGCCUGAGAGGUUCCUGAACAAUACCAUUAGCUAUCAAGGGUUUCACUCUGAGUGGCUUCCAUUCGGGGGUGGCCGAAGAGUGUGCCCAGGUAUUAAUUUUAGUGUGCCUGUUAUAGAGCUUGCAAUAGCAAAUAUCGUUUACAAGUUUGAUAUGGUGUUGCCAAACGGAGUAAAGAAUGAGGAUUUGGACAUGAGUGAAGAAAUUUCUAUUACAAUCCGUAAGAAGUCCUCUCUACGGGUUUUGGUGACUCAUCGGUUCUAGUUGUUUGGUUUUUCUUGUGAUCUAUGUUAUGGACUCAAUAAAUAAAUGAAAUUUACAUCGAGAUAGUUGAUAAACGGGCAAAAAGGUGCGCCGCUACCAUGUUAGACACCAAGGUACAACGAAUCAGUGCUAGUACACGUACACGGACCAAGCGGCGGCCCUUGGCAUGGCCGGUCGUAAUCGUAAGAUAGGAAAAAGAGGCUGAAGUACAGAGAUGUGGCUUCUGUUCUUGUCUAUCAAUUAAUCACAAAAAAGCACCACUUUAUUGCUUUUAUUUUGACGGUUACGUAUCUUGCGGCAAUGAUACUUGAGUUGUGACAAUGCUUAUCAUAUCACAAAGUGAAAUGUUAGUGGUUGUUGUAAAAGACAUUUUUAUAUAAUAGUUAUUUACGUUU